AUGGCGUCUUCGGGCAGACCGAUGAUGCACGAACACAUCCGAGCUGAAGCUCUUGUCAUACAAUUUUUCAGGACUGCCCAGGAAAUAGAGACGGAACGAGGUGUGCCACUUGCAGAGCUGAGAGACCCACAGCACGAUAACGACCGAGUACAGAAGCCAGAGUGGUUGGUACUCAUCGGAGUCUGCACUCAUCUGGGCUGUGUGCCCAUCGCUAACGCUGGUGACUUCGGUGGGUACUACUGCCCUUGCCACGGCUCCCAUUACGAUGCCUCUGGUAGGAUCCGUAAGGGACCUGCACCCUUGAAUCUGGAGAUCCCUACGUACGAGUUCCAGACGGAAGAAUUAUUAGUCGUUGGUUAAAUUUUAUAAAUAUUGUAACCACUUGUGAAACUAACCUAAUUAGUCAACACCAUGUAACUUUUAAUUCAAGUUAAAUAAAUUCUUGCUUGGCAAAUUUGAAUGUCUUUGUUUCAGUGUAUUGUAAAUACAUGUUUUAUUUCUUUUAAUUUGUACAAAUAUUUAUUACAAUUUUCAGUCAUACUGUGUACUGAUUGAAGUAUAAUGUGAAAAUAAAAGUUAUGUUGAAUAAAAGUUACAACCAAAUA